CCAAGACAACGGGGCAACGACAUAAAAAUAUAAAAUUUAUAAAAGAUGGGAAUAGAGUAUAAAGACGAGGAAAAUGGAGUAUUUAAAGAGAUUAGAAGCCAUGUUACAGAUAUAGAAGUUGAUACGAGCGAAAAAAGCGGCGAAAAAGGGCCAACGGUUGAGGAGAUAGAAAGUUUAUGUAUGGAAUGUGAAGAACAGGGUAAAACUAAGUUGUUACUUACUAUUAUCCCUUUUUUUAGGGAAAUUAUUAUUAUGUCCUUUGAAUGUCCAUAUUGCGGGUUUAAGAACUCAGAAAUACAAUCAGCAGGUACUAUUGAGGAGAAAGGAUCGAUUUAUACAUUUGUUGUUGAGUCUAAAGAGGACCUUAACCGUAAUAUUAUAAAAUCAGAAACAUCAUCAAUAUUAUUAGUGGAACUUGAACUUGAGAUACCGCCAGGAAGAGGAAAGAUCAGUAAUAUUGAGGGAUUUUUGAAAAAUGCAUGUGAGGACUUAUCAUUGAAUCAGCCGAUUCGUAAAUAUCAAGAACCGGAAUUGUAUGAAAAAAUAGAGGAAUUUAUAGGGCGUAUAUAUGAUUUAUUGGAAGGAAUGAGGUUUCCUUUUAAGAUACAGUUGAAUGAUCCAGCGGGAAAUAGCUGGAUUGAGAUGGAACCGGGUGAUCCACAAUAUAAAUGGCAAAAAGUAGAAUAUGAAAGAACCUAUGAACAAAAUGCAAAACUAGGCUUAUAUAAUUCAGAAGAAGUAGAAAAUGAAGAGAAUUUUCAGAAAAAUGAAGUGCAUAAAUUUUCUACAUCAUGUCCUAACUGUAUAAAGCCAUGUGAUACAAAUAUGAAAUUAGUUGAUAUUCCAUAUUUUAAAGAAGUAAUUAUUAUGAGUACAGUUUGUGAUGAAUGUGGAUACAAAAGCAAUGAAGUAAAAACAGGAGGAGAAAUACCAGAAAAAGGGAAAAAAAUAACAUUAAAAGUGGAAAAUAUAGAUGAUUUAUCUCGAGAUGUUUUAAAAAGUGAAACAUGUGCUAUAACGAUUCCAGAAUUAAGUUUAGAUCUUCAUCCAGGAACUUUAGGUGGUAGAUUUACUACAUUAGAAGGAUUACUUGCUCAAGUUUAUGAUGAACUAUACAAGAAAAUAUAUUCAAAAACAAAUGAUUCUAUGGAACCAGAAAAACGUGAAAGAUGGGACAUUUUUCUUCAACGUCUUCAAGACGCUAGGAAUGCAAAAAUAAAAUUUACUAUAAUUUUGGAUGAUCCUACAGCUGGAUCUUAUCUUCAAAAUUUAUACGCACCUGAUCCAGAUCCAAAUAUGACAAUAGAAGAAUACGAAAGAACAUAUGAACAAAAUGAAGAUUUGGGUCUUAAUGAUAUGGUUUUAAACCCAGAAACAUCAAACUAAAACAAAUAAAAUCAUCAAUAAAGAUUCUAUUUAAAAUAAUCAAAUG